AUGGUGAGUUUUUUCGUUUUUAGAGAUGCCGACGUGGCGUUGUCCGGGUUUUGACGAACCUCUGUGCAGCAUCUUUAAAAUUUUUCUACCCAUUCAGGCUGUCGCGUACAAGAACGAGAAGGCCCUCAAUGACAACUCGGAGCACCGCAUUCGUUUGACCCUGACUUCCCAGAACGUCAAGCCGCUUGAGAAGGGUGAGUAUUUCUCAACAUUGACGUCGGAGUUUCUGAAAUCCGAUUUUCAGUUUGCGCUCAGCUCAUCGAAGGAGCCAAGAACGAGCACCUCAUCGUCAAGGGACCAAUCCGCAUGCCGACUAAGGUUCUCCGCAUCACCACCCGCAAGACCCCAUGCGGAGAGGGAUCCAAGACCUGGGAUCGCUUCCAGGUAAAUUGUGUAUUUUGAAACGUAAACAAGGCUUCUUAGUACUAUUAAGUUAAUAUUCUUGGGUCGCGUUGCGGCCGCACGCCGGAGGCAAGAAGAUUAAUUUGAUAGUACGAAAACCAUUUGAGAUAUUGUAUUUUUAGGAGCAUCUCGCAGAAAUAGCGCUCUGUUCGCAAUCUGGCCGAAUUUCUAGGCCGCGAAGUAAUUUUCCACUGAAAACGUGGCCUAACUUUUCAAACUCGAGGUCGCUCAAUUUGCACUGCAUUUGCACUGCACUGCAAAAGAGUUUCUCAACAGAGCGUCAUUUCUGUGCGGUGCUCCUAUAUGUGUUCCACACCCAAUUGUGAAAUGUUUGAGUCGAAUCUCUGAAGCACACUUUUCAUUUCAGAUGCGCAUCCACAAGCGUCUCAUCAACCUUCACGCUCCGGCUGAGGUCCUGCGCCAAAUCACCUCGAUCUCUAUCGAGCCAGGAGUCGACAUCGAGGUCACCAGAGCCGACUAA